AUGCCUUCUGAUCGACACUGUGGCUUUUACUUUGCCAAGAAGAUUGAGGAAUACACCCUUCAAAGUGGGGAACUGAGGAUUCCUCGAAGGAUUGUGAGCAGAUGGUGGGAAGGAAUGUCCAACCCUGUACUCUUUGUGCUCCCGAACGGUGAUAAAUGGGAAAUGAAAUGGAAAAAAAGUAAGGCUGAUCUUUGGUUGGUUGAUGAUUGGAAGAAAUUUGCAGAAUUUUAUUCUUUGGAUCUAGAGCAUCAGUUAGUGUGCAAAUAUUUGGGAAAGUCACAGUUGGAGGUUGCAAUACUUGAUCAAAGUGGCGGGGAAAUUUUUUACCCUUUGAGGGAAGGAGCUUCAGAUGGUGAAGGGAAUAUUAUGUGCCAGAUUAAGAGGGGAAAAUCUCCCUUACAACUUUCUCUUUCUUCCAAGAAGAUGAAAACCAUCCCAAAAACGGAACCUAGUUGCAGCCAAGAAGUUAAAACUAACCGUGAGAUUAAUAUAAUAAGGAUCACACGUGGAAGUAGUAGUAGUAGUAGCUGCUCAAAAUCUAUGACCAAUGCUGUUCAAAGUGAGGGACAAAGUGCUUUAGAGAGAGCACAGGCUUUCCGCUCUCAUAAUCCUUUCUUCAUUCGUGAAAUGAAACCAUCAUACAUUAACAUACUGCUGGUCAUACCAACCAGUUUUGGUACUGACCACGUAGGAAUUGAUGGUAAAAGCAUUGCUAUUGGGACCUCUGACUCUGGGGACAAAACCUGGCUUGUGAAGUUUUGUGUGAAUAGUAGCAAUGGACAAUCAGUACUCACUACUGGUUGGAGGAAGUUUGUGAAGGAGAAUAACUUGAAAGUAGGGGAUGUUUGUGUUUUUGAGCAAAUUAAGUCACCAGCAUUUUCAUUGAGAGUUCAUAUUUUCCGUCAUGGAGAAGAAACAAAUCCUACCAAUUUUUCAGAUUUGUCAACUCCUAAAAACAUUCUGAACUUGUGUUUGGAAGACUUGGCCAACUACUUUGAUCUUAUUCCUUUGAAGUAA